AUGUCCUGGCAAGCAUACACUGACAACUUGGUUGCCACUGGCAAGAUCGACAAGGCUGCCUUAUACUCCAAAGCUGGAGACUCGUUGUGGGCUCAAUCGUCUGGAUUCCAAUUGCAAGCCAACGAAAUCUCAGAGAUCGCCAAGGGUUUCGACGACCCCUCGGGAUUACAAUCCCACGGCUUGCACGUCCUCAACCAGAAGUACUUUUUGUUGAGAGCUGACGAAAGAUCCAUCUAUGGUAAGCACGAAGCCGAGGGUGUCGUUGCUGUCAGAUCCAAGCAGGCCAUCUUAAUUGCUCACUAUCCAUCGGGAGUUCAAGCCGGAGAAGCCACCACUGUCGUGGAGAAGCUUGCUGACUACUUGAUCAGUGUUGGUUAUUAG